AUGGCUCAUUCAAUCUACAGGUCUUUGCUGGAAGAUGUGCGCCACAACGACGUGAGGAGCUUCCGUUCGGUGCUCGAAGCCCGGGGCCUGCCUCAGGAUGACAAUUGGUUCGACUACGACUUGUUGAUGCGAGCCCUCCGUUUGAAUCGUAAGCGCAUAGUGAGCGCGCUCCUGGACAAGCAUUGUCGCGUGAACAAGCCUCGUAAUGCAAGUACCAACGUCAACACUCCGCUCCAUUUGGCCGCGGAGAAACUCGGCUGGUGCGACAUCAUCGAGAAAAUGUUGCGGCUUAAGGCUCGCGUGACGGAUGUCAACGCCGACGGCAACACUCCUCUGCAUUUGGCUUUCCUCAAUCAGCUGUCCGACAAAGUCAUUCAUCGACUGCUCACACACUACUUGAAAGAAUGUACUACUGACAUCCCCAACAAGGAUGGUUUGGGAUUUAUGCACAUCGCCUGCACCAGAGCCGAUUGCAAUUCUCUUCGGGAGUUUUUCGACGUUGGUAUGUCGGACAUUUACUCACAGGUUUCGAUACAAAGUGACACCAUCUAUGCUGGAUACUCACCACUUCAUUUUGCGGUGAAGGCCGGUAGGCACGAGAUUGUCAAUUUUUUGUGCCUGUACGAGGCCGACAUCUAUGCCCAGGAUUGCAACGGAUCUACUCCUAUCCAUCUGGCUCUGGAGAAAGGUGAUGUCAAGAUGAUCGACAUCCUGCUUUAUUACGACUCCAACUACGAGAACUACGUCAAUGCGUUUGGUGCAUCGCAUUUCAUGGCGGCGUGCGCUGGCAGCGAUUCAAACAUCGUGGAGCAGUUUUUGACGAUUGCCGAGAACGCUUCGAGUUCGUCGGUGCGACAGCUGCUGAACGGUCGCGUGAAGGACGUUCCACACAUUCCUAUCGCGGGUUGCACGGCGCUACACUUCGCCUGUGAGUACGGCCGUGUCAAUACGGUCUACGGACUGCUCGCCAUCGGUGCUCAAAAGGGAACUCCACUUCUAUGCGAGAGCAUUACGAGCUAUGGUUUGACGCCCUACAGCAUCGCCACGGCGCAACAACACUGGGAUAUCUGCAACGUGAUACAGCAGUACUACACGGCUUAUCAGCACAUGUUGGUUCGCCCCGAGGUGCAGCAUCAAGCAGAAGUACACUGCGAUCCAACAGUGGUACAAAUGCAUGAGCACCAGCUGUUGCAACAUUAUCAACCAAUGCCGAUUGCUUGCGCUUAA